AUGCUGGAGGAUGGAUGGCGACUCCACCGAGGGAAGCAGAUUCCCUGGAACCUCUUCAGCCCGAAGGUGCCGUUCCAUGCCACAGUGGUGGCGAACCACCAGCUGCCCAGAGUGCUGUCACCGGCCACGAGGGAAGCCGGCGAGAGUUGCGGGCAGGCGCCGGCAGAGGAAGCGGCGGCCACGUCGGACCUGAGCCUGAGGAACCAGACACAGCUGCACCUGAUGACGUUUAUGUUCACCAUCCAGCGGCAUUUCGCUUACCUUCAGGUCUCUGCAGAGUCCCAGCAGAUCUUUCCUCAAGUGAUGGGCCUCGGCAAGUCCAAAGACUGGGGCAAAAUGGGCGACAAGAUAAAUGCGAUUCGGGCAUUCGCCUCUUCGAAGGAUGACCAGGAUGUUAUGAUUGUUGCAGACGCCUUUGACACGCUGGUUCUGGCAGGUCAGCUUGAAAUACUCCGAAAGUUUGAGGAGCUUGAAUCGGAAUCUGGGCGCAGCAUCGUCUUCAAUGCUGAGGUUGCCUGUUUCCCAGACAGCGACAGCAUCUGUGAAAAGACCCCUCCGGCGAAGCACCGCUGGCGCUAUCUGAAUGCUGGGCUCAUGGUGGGUCGUGUGCACGCUUUCAAGACGAUCCUCCCGGAGCCCCUUCAAGGCGAGGAUAAGGAGGUGAAUGAUCAAUGGUGGUGGCAAAUCUACCGCAGAGACCAUCCAGACAAAAUUCUUCUGGACACGGAGUGCAAGCUGUUAUGCAGCCUCUUCGCCGUGACAGAAGAGGAGGGUGUCAUCUUAGAGGGGAGACGGCUGCACGUGCGGCCAACUGGUACUGUACCACCAUUGAUCCACUUUGCAAGCUACGGACAUCGCACCAGAUGGGUGAAUGGACGAUCGACUAGCUACGUGCAGGACGUCUUCCGGCAGCUCUUUCCACAGGAGUCUGCAAGUUUGAUGGAGGGAUGGUGGAUUGGCAUCCGGGUCGGAUCCAGCCACGACCUCAAAAUCUACGAGGGUCCCGGGUGGUGGCGACUCCUGACCUCCGCGAUUUGCCUCCAGUGCGACCUGGGAGGUGUGGAAUCCGAUGACUGCAAGUAUUUGCGGCACAGCGUCACCUGUUUCUGGCUUAACCUUGGAUGGUUCUUACUUCUGCUGGUCCUGUCCUUCUGCGUGACUGGUGAGAGGCCGGCAAAGCUCCGGCUCUACUCAAUCGCUUCAUCCAGGUCCGGAGACGACCAAAGGUCGAAGACCCUGUCGCUCUGCGUGAAGCGCGUCGUGGACGUCUCGGAGCGCCACCACCGCGGUGGCGGUGGUCUGGGAGGGCCCAAGGCCAAAGUUGGUGGGAUCUGCUCCAACUACCUCUGUGAUGCGCAGGUAGGGGAGAAGGUGGUGAUCACUGGCCCCACGGGGAACGAACUGCUUCUGCCCGAGGAGAGCUGCUGUAACUUGAUUCUGGUGGCAACAGGCACAGGCAUCGCACCAAUCCGAUCACAACUGCGACGGCUUUUUCAUGACGUCUCGGCGGCCAAUCCCGACGCCAGCCGCAAGUUUACAGGCCUGGCUUGGCUUUUCUAUGGGGUUCGCUAUGCAUCGUGUCGGCUCUAUCACGAUGAGCACAAUUCCUACAGGGCGAAGUUCCCGAACAACUUCAGGUACAACUGCGCCAUCAGCCGUGAAGGCAGUGAUUCUGCGGAGAAGGAGUAUGUACAGACGCAGAUGGGUCAACACAUGGACGAACUCUGGCGACUCCUGCAGCUGCCAAACACUCACAUCUAUGCGUGUGGCGUGAAGGGCCUGGAAUCCAGCCUUUCUGACUGUCUUGCCUCUGCUGCUCGGGAUCGCGGCCAGGACUGGCGUGAACUUCACAAGGCAAUGAGGACGGAGGGACGUUAUCACGUGGAGGUUUACUGA